AUACAGUUCAAAGUGAAAGUCGUUUGUUUCUUUUCUUUUUUCUAUUUUUUUUCUUCUAAUUGUAUUCAUUUAUUAUGGAGAUAGAGGAACGGCGAUUUUUUUAUUGGUCUAUGUUAAUUGUCGCUGUAUCAUCCCAACAAGGUGCUGCUCGUGUUGAUGUUGUCACAGUGUCAGUGAAUGUGGGAGAAUCAGUCACUCUACACAGUGAUGUUAAAACAAACCAACAAGAAGAUAUUAAGUGGUAUUUUAAUGACAUUCGAAUAGCUGAAAUCAGUGGAGAUCUCAGUUUUAUCUGUACAGAUGUUCAGUGUAAUGAAGACACUGAGAGAUUCAGAGACAGACUGAAGCUGGAUCUUCAGAAUGGAUCUCUGACCAUCAUGAACAUCACAAACACAGACUCUGGACUUUACAAAUUAAAGAUCAUCAGAAGCAGCAGCAGCAGUAUCAGUGAAAAGACCUUCAAUCUUACUGUUCAUGGUGUUCCUGUUUCUGAACAAGAUGAAAAUUCAGUGAAGGAGGGAGAAUCUGUCUCUUUAGAUCCUGGUGUAUCAAGACAACCAAAUGAUCUGAUGAGAUGGUAUUAUAAAGACAUUCGCAUCGCUGAAAUCACUGGAUAUAUGAGUAAUGUCUGUAAAGAUGAGUGUAAAGAGAGAUUUGGAGACAGACUGGAGCUGGAUCAUCAGACUGGAUCUCUGACCAUCAUGAACACCAGAAACACAGACGCAGGAGUUUUUAAACUACAGAUCAACAGAAAUGCUCUUCGCAGCAACCAUGCUUUCAGUGAGAAGAGCUUUGUUGUUAACGUUGCUGUUAAUGUUCCAGUUUCAGGUCGGUCUUCAGCUUUUUCAGCAGGAAUAGCUGUUGCUGUCAUUCUGCUUUUAGCUGUGUGUGCUGCGUUUGUGAUUUACUAUCGCAAGCAUCAAGAGAGAAGAGAAGACAUCGGGAUGCAGAACAUUGGUCCGAUCCUUCAGCCGCUGUUGGUUUAUGUUUCAGGUGAUCCUGUUGAAAAGUCAGUGAAGGAGGGAGAAUCUGUCACUUUACAUUCUGGUGUAGUAAGACAACCAAAUGAGGUGAUGAGAUGGUAUUAUAAAGACAUCCCCAUCGCUGAAAUCACUGGAGAUCAGAGUAACAGUAUCUGUUCAGAUGUUCAGUGUAAAGAGAGAUUCAGAGACAGACUGAAGCUGGAUCAUCAGACUGGAUCUCUGACCAUCACAAACACUAGAACCACAGACUCUGGGGAAUAUAAACUGGAGAUCAGCAGAAAGGGUCGUCUUGGCAACAGUGCGAUCAAUGAGAAGAGCUUUGGUGUUAACGUUGCUGUUAAUGUUCCAGAUUCAGGUCGGUCUUCAGCUGCUGCUGCAGGAAUAGCUGUUACUGUCAUUCUGCUUUUAGCUGCGUGUGCUUCUGCGGUUGUGAUUUACUAAAACAAACAUCAAGAGAAAUGAGAAGACAACAGGAUGCAGAACAUUGGUCCGGUAAAUGAUGCUCCAGUGAAUCAAGAGUCAUUACUGUAGGAGACUGCGACAUACUGUUGAACACUACUGAUGGGACAUCCUUAAAUCAGACUGAGGCUGAUUAGCAUUACAUCAUUAAUUACACUAACACUGAAGAGGCAGUGGAAAAUCGAGAAAAAGAGAAAAGCAUCAGUCAAAACCAGUGGUGGACAAAGUACACAAAUCAAGUAAAUAAGUAAAAGUACAGUAAAGUAUAUAUUUAAGGGAAGUCGUGGCCUAGUGGUUAGAGAGUCGGACUCGCAAUUGAAAGGUUGUGAGUUUGAGUCUUGGGCUGGCAGGAGUUGUAGGUGGGGGUAGUGCAUGAACAGCUCUCUCUCCACCUUCAAUACCACGACUUAGGUGCCCUUGAGCAAGGCACUGAACCCACAACUGCUCCCCGGGCGCCGCAGCAUAAAUGAUGAACACUGCUCCGGGUGUGUGUUCACAGUGUGUGUGUUCACUGCUGUGUGUGUGUGCACUUUGGAUGGGUUAAAUGCACUGCAUGAAUUCUGAGUAUGGGUAUGUCACUUUCACUUCCAUACAAAUAUUACUCCAGUAAAAGGAAAAGUACUCCUUUUUUUUUUUUUUUACUCAAGUGAAAGUACAAAAGUACAAACAUUUUUAUGUACUUAAGUAAAAAAAAAAAAAUACUGAUAGAUUUAUUUUGUAAUUUUAUAUACAGUAGGCUACUUAAUUAAAUUUUGUAUUGGCACAUAUAUUUUUUUAUAAUCCAACUGCUCAAAAUAUCUGGGAUUUUCCCAAAAUAACCACUAUAUGGAGUCAAGAUAUAGUUUUGUUAAUGAUACUGACUGUGUUGAUGAGAGUUUACACUGCGAUUUACCCGAGAGAAAACAGAGUUGACCAUAUGAUUUUCACCAGGAAGAAAAAGUUUGUUGUUUUGCAGAACAUCGCAGUUACAUAUGACAUGAGAAUAAGGCCUGAAGUUAGGAAGAACAUUUUGAGAAAAAUAUAAUUAUAUUUUCAUAAUGAUUUAAUUCUUCUCAAACCUUGUCUGUGGUUUAAAAAUACCCCUGGCCAAACGCGGUGCACCUCUUCCCACUUUGAUAAUUACUGUAGUUACCAUGUUCUGAACAUCACAUCCUUUCUUUUCCACCAGAUCUAAUCUAUCUAGGUGGUUGAAAAACAAUAUUUAGACUUUAUAUCUAAAAAUUACCUCAACUUAGCACCAGCAAGCUUGUUAGCUAGACAGGUAGCACCAGCUAAUAAUAUUAACUUAUUUUUAGUAUGAAGCAUUCAUAUCUGUCUACUUGGCUAGUUAAUUCAGACAAUAUAAAAAUUCAGACUGUUAAUAAACAAUAUGAAAAAAGACAUCACAUAGGGCAUGCGUAGCAUUUUAAUAAAACAGUUAACAUUACAGCAGCAGGGGAUUUCAAAAAAAGUUAUUUUAUUAAAUCGGUGUUAUUUUAAGGUUUUUUUUUAUUUAUUUUUUUACCUAAAACAUAAAGACACUGAUGUUGAUUUGUCUGCAAGCAUUUCAGUUGGCUUGAAUAGAGCACGCUUUACAGUAGAUUUAGUUCACAAACAACAGACAGUUUUGACCUAAAUAUGUUUUUCAGUUAAAAUGAUUAAUCCUAAAAUCGACAUUAGUAACCUACAUUUAGUAGCAUCAGUCAUACACAUUCACAAGAUCUCCCGGUUCUCACUUAGUGGUCGACUUGAGAACAGCUACAAUCGGAUCAAAUUUGCGAUCAGAUUUAAUGGUUCACUGAAAAGAAUCAGUUCGUACCGCUUCUGCGCGUCAGAGCACAGUAUAUUAUAAGGAGUAAUUAUGUUUUAUGAAAUGUAGUGAAGUAAUACAUACGAUCUUAUGCUUGGGAAUGUAGUGAACUAAAAGUUGCUCAAAAUAAAACUACUCCAGUAAAGUACAGAUAACUGAAAAAUGAACUUAUGUACAGUAAUGAAGUAAAGCUAUUCUUAGUGUCCACCAUUGGUUGAAACUCACAACACUAACAGAAAAAUACUGUUAUGACACCAAAUUUUCACUGUUCGGUAGACCGGUUAAAUUUCACCACACUAUUUCACACAUUUCAAUACCACCACCUAAUUUGAUGUUCAUUGAUGUUCAUUAUUAGUCAUUUAUAUAAUAAAACGUGUUGCCCAAGUAUUUGUUUUAUAAUAGUAACAUUUCUUAUUCUUCUUAAAAAAAAAAAAAAACAUAUUUCAGUAUUAUGUUAGAGUAUUUCAUAGAAACAGUAGCUAUGUCUAUUUACAUACGCUGAAAACUACCUCCGUUUUUAACGAAAGUUGAGGUUAUCUUUUUACUUCACUGUAAAUCUGAUUAUGUCACAUUCCCUGCGGGCUGGAAUACCCCCUUGCUCUUCAAAGAAAAGAUCUCGUACACAAAACUGCAUUUAUUUGAUUUGAAGGCAACUGUGAGUCAAACAGGUUUUCAGCUACUGAACUGAGUCUGUACUACUGAUACUGUAGGUGCUGUUACUGGAAAACACUGUUAUUGUUAUUGUUACAUUACAAAUGAACCUAGACUUUUUACUAUAACCAGCAAAGGUGCCUUUGGUCAACCAUCUUGGUCAGGGAAAAAAGACGAUUAACAGAAUGUUUAUUUUUUUAAUAUUUUACUUUUUUAUAGCUUUGCAAGCCAUUAACUGUAUUGUUGAUUUAUUGUAUAGUUGUUGAAAAAAUUUACUGAGAUGAUUUAAUAUGUCCCAUGUCUGUACAGCUGUGUUAAAUGUUGUGACUCUGGUAUUCAGCUGGUAGCAAAUACUUCAUGGACAUUUGUGUUUGUUUGUUUUUCAUCUUUUUUGACCAAGUCUCCUUUAAUUGUGUCAUUAUGUGCUGGUGUGUCUUGUUAUUAACCCUGAUUUACUCGCCCAUAUAAGUUCAAAUUCUUUUCUCAUUUAUGACAUUUCAUGUAAGCAGGAAGAUGAUAACUGUGUGAGUGUUAUGUAUAGAGACACAUUCUUGUAUUAUUGUUGUGCUGUGUUUAUUGAUAUUGUCAUUUGUCAGUAUUAUUAAUGGUAACACUUUAUUUUAAAAAUCUUACAUUAGACAGUAAUUAAUGACUAAUAACUUUAUUUGUAAGUGUCUAGUUAUGGAUUUUGCCUUGUAGUGCCUUAUUGCUUUUUCUGACCUAAAACUACUAAUUAGCAAAACAUAAAAACAUUUUUGCAGUU